UUGGAAGAAAGAAAAUCAGGAGGACAAUGAGCUGUCUACUUCUGGUGUCACAACGUUUGUCUUCAAACAUCUUUUCUCCAUUGUUUGUAUUAGAAGCUACAUCCUACCAUAUCCACUUUGACGAAGCCAACUUCACUUCUCUUACCCAGGCAAAGGCAUCCCUAAGGAAGUGGCUGAUAUCUUUAACGCCCCCAGUGAUGAUGAAGAGUUCGUUGGUUUCCGAGAUGAUGUUCCCAUGGAAACCCUCUCAUCCGAGGAGAGCUGUGAUAGUUUUGACUCGCUGGAGUCGGGGAAGCAGCAGGAUGUGCUUUUCCAUUCCAAAUACUUCACAGAAGAGCUCAGAAGAAUUUUUAUAGAGGACACUGACUCAGAGAUGGAAGAUUUUGAAGGAUUUACGCAGACUGAUCUCAAUGUUAAUAGUAACCCAGAGCUUGUGGAGUCAGAUUUGAGUGAUGACAGUAAAGCAUCUUUCGUGAGUGGGGAAGAUGAUGAUGAUGAAGAAAAGGCGACACCUCGAAGAAGCAGGCCUAGAAGAAGCAGUAUUGGUCUUCGAGUAGCCUUUCAGUUCCCCACCAAGAAACUGGCAAAAAAAGCUGAUAAGAAUGGUUCUUCAGAGCCCCUGUUUUCUGGGUCACGUUUACAGGACAAUAAAAAAGCGAUUCUUGGAAGGAAGACCAGCUGCAGGCAGGAGAAGGAAAGGGAAGACUCUGCCUCUGAGUCUGAGGACGACUCCCGGGAUGAGGGCCAGGAGAGCUCGGAUGCUCUGCUGAAGAGGACCAUGAACAUCAAGGAGAACAAAGCCAUGCUUGCUCAGUUAUUGGCGGAAUUGAACUCGAUGCCUGAUUUCUUCCCAGUCCGAACCCCAAACUCAGCUUCUAAGAAGAAGACCGCGAGGCGGGCCUUCUCAGAGGGACAGGUCACGCGGCGGACCAACCCGGCCCGGAGUGCGCGGCCCCCCGAGAAGUUCGCCCUGGAAAACUUCACCGUGUCAGCUGCCAAGUUCGCAGAAGAGUUUUACGGUUUCAGAAGAAGGAAGACCGUGAGUGGGGGGAAAUGCCAGGGGCACCGCCGCCGCCGCCGUGUGUCUUCGUUUCGGCCAGUGGAGGACAUCACUGAAGAGGACUUGGAGAACGUGGCCAUCACUGUGCGGGAUAAGAUCUAUGAUAAAGUUCUGGGUAACACUUGCCAUCAGUGUCGGCAGAAGACCAUCGACACCAAGACGGUGUGUCGGAACCAGAGCUGCGGGGGCGUGCGGGGGCAGUUCUGCGGGCCGUGCCUGCGGAAUCGCUACGGGGAGGACGUGAGGUCGGCGCUGCUGGACCCGGACUGGAUGUGCCCUCCCUGCCGGGGCAUUUGCAACUGCAGUUACUGCCGGAAACGCGAUGGCCGCUGUGCCACAGGCAUCCUCAUUCACCUGGCCAAGUUCUACGGUUACAACAACGUGAAGGAGUACCUGGAGAGCUUACAAAAGCAGCUGGUGGAAGACAAUUAGGAGACGAACCAGCCCGCUCACCAUGGAGCACUCGAACAAGACAUGCCAUUUGUGCCUAAGAUUUCUUACGGUUGUGUGUUUUUUUAUACAGAAAUUCUUUGUAGAGCUAAAUGCUAUAUAUUUUUUUUUUUAAAGAUUGUUUUUAUACGCUUCAAAAGAUUUCUCAGGAAGAUAGGAGAGGAAUCUGUAUAUACGCAGGCCUGUUUGUAUGUUGAGUUAUUAAAAGCAUCUGCAGAUGAUUAAAAACCAGAGUUUAAAGGAGUGAAGUUCCAGGUAAGUCCUGGAGGAAACAUAGCAUCGCAGCUCUUUAUUUCCCAGACAGUAACUGGAGGCCAGGUCGUUACAGGGGUUCCACCCCCUUUAGUUUAUCAUGAGUGACCAUAGUUCAAACCCCAUAGCCUAAGCUGCUCUGGGUUGUUGGGACAUUUAUAUUGAAGAAUGCUCCUCUAAAUUACAAAGUGCAAUUAACCAUGGACCUAGAAUUUUAUUUUUGUUAAAACUUGAACCAAAAGUAGACUGUCACAUUAUCGACACUGGAGGCCUUAGAGGGCGGCUGCCUGGGGCCCGUGGCUUCUAUAUUUUAAAAGAAUAUAUAAAGGCAAAUUUAAUUUAGAGAUUUUGUUUAAUAUCUAUAGAAACUACACUCCCAUGUAGGGACCAGGAGACUUCCAGCCAUAUUGCUUUUUGAGUUACAGUGGAAUUUUGAUGAAAACGUGAGCUGCACUGAUUUUGUGUUGCA